CGCGCACGCGCCGCCGCCGCCGCCCCCGGCCCGUGCUCGCACCGCGCCUGCCCCGCGCCUACCUUGGCCGGCGCUUGCCCGCUGCCGCCUGCCCGGCCUGCUCGGCGCCUUCUCGGCCUCGGCUCGGCGCCCGGAGCAUGCAGCAGCAGCCUGGGUGGCGGCGGCGGCCGUGAAGUAAGGGCCGUGCGCCCGGGCGGGCGGCGCGGGAGGGCGGCGGCGUCUUUGUUGCGGCCGGGCCGCCGCGGCCUUUGUCUGCAGAUGGUGGACGCGGGCGGUCGCUCUGCCGCCGAAGGCUGGAGGAGGAUGGAGGCACCCCCGGAGGGCGCGGACCUGGUGCCGCUGGACCGCUACGACGCGGCGCGGGCCAAGAUCGCCGCCAACCUGCAGUGGAUCUGUGCGAAGGCCUAUGGCCUAGACAACAUCCCUGAGGAUCUCCGAGACCCGUUUUACAUCGACCAGUAUGAGCAGGAGCACAUUAAGCCACCUGUUAUUAAGCUGCUCCUGUCCAGUGAGCUGUACUGCCGUGUCUGCAGCCUCAUCCUGAAAGGGGACCAGGCGGCUACCUUGCAAGGACAUCAGUCUGUCAUCCAGGCCCUGUCCCGGAAGGGCAUCUAUGUGAUGGAGAGUGAUGAUACCCCUGUGACAGAUGCUGAUCUCAGCCAGGCACCUAUUAAGAUGAGUGGCCACAUGGCGAUGGUGGAUGCCCUGAUGAUGGCCUAUACUGUGGAGAUGAUCAGCAUUGAGAAGGUGGUGGCCAGUGUCAAGCGCUUUUCUACGUUCAGCGCCUCAAAAGAACUUCCUUAUGACCUUGAGGAUGCCAUGGUGUUCUGGAUCAAUAAGGUAAAUCUUAAAAUGAGAGAGAUAACAGAGAAAGAAGUUAAAUUAAAACAGCAGCCACUGGAAAGUCCCGCUCAUCAAAAGUCUCCCUCCAAGUGGUAUUGGAAGUUAGUACCCGUCCGCUAUCGGCGAGAACACCUCUCUGCUAGGCAGUCACCCUACUUCCCGUUGUUGGAGGACUUGAUGAGAGACGGCAGUGAUGGCGCUGCUCUCUUAGCAGUGGUUCACUAUUACUGCCCAGAGCAGAUGAAACUGGAUGAUAUUUGCCUGAAGGAGGUGCCAUCGAUGGCUGACAGCCUGUAUAACAUCCGGCUUCUGAGGGAGUUUUCCAACGAGCAUCUGAACAAAUGUUUCUAUCUCACCCUAGAGGAUAUGCUGUAUGCUCCCCUAGUGCUGAAGCCAAACGUUAUGGUUUUUAUCGCUGAGCUCUUCUGGUGGUUUGAGAACGUCAAACCCGAUUUUGUUCAGCCCCGAGAUAUUCAAGAGCUGAAGGAUGCUAAAACAGUGUUACAGCAGAAGAGCAGCCGACCUCCUGUCCCGAUCUCCAAUGCGACUAAGCGCAGCUUCCUAGGUAGUCCUGCUGCCAUGAGCCCCGCUGACCUGCCGCCAUCCACCCAGCCUCUCACUGAAGGCAGUCAUCGGUACCACCUCCACUCAGAAGAACCUGAGUGUCUUGGGAAAGGAGCCUCCACGUUUAGUCCAUCCCAUCCUUUGUUGCCACUGAGACAGAAGCAGCAGAAAGUGUCGCAGGCCGAGGAGAUCCCUGAUCAGCGACACAGAUCGAAUUCUUUAACUCGGGCUGAUGGUCAGCCACGAGGUGCAGCAAUAGCAUGGCCAGAUAAAAAAAACAGGCCUGUGUCACAGCCAACAUCAUUUGCUCUCCAUCAUGCAGCAAGUUGUGAUGUGGACCCCAGUUCUGGUGACAGUGUCAGCUUAGCCCGCUCUAUCAGCAAAGAUAGCCUAGCAUCUAACAUCAUCCACCUGACCCCACAGAACCAACCCCAUCCUUCUGCCGGAAAGACCAAUGGGAAAAGCCUCCUGAGCAAUGUCAACAUUGAGGAUGAGGAGGAGGAGGAGGAGCUUGUAGCCAUCAUCAGGACAGAUGUGUCUCCUCAUUCCCCAGAGAUUCCCAGGACCUCACCUCAGGCCCCAGGCUUGGUGGCAAGUAUCAGGUCUCCCCAGAGACAGGCAGACACUUUGGAGAGUAAGCCUGACAGUUUUUACUUAGAGCCCCUGAUGCCAGCAGUACUCCGGCCAGCCAAAGAGAAACAGAUUAUCACUAAGGAAGAUGAGCGCGGAGAAGGGAGGCCAAGGACCAUCAUGGCCAAGAGGCCUAGUGAGGGCUCCCAGCCUCUGGUACGGAAGAAAGUGACUGGUAGCCAUGGUAGUCGUGACCUGAACAGAACUUUCACCCCAAUUCCUUGUUCAGAAUUUGCUGCGAGCAUUGAUCCUACAGAGGUGGGACCACAGUCAACAGAAGCCACAGGGGAAGGACAGCCUCUGGCUCUGGGUAGAUUUGAUCCAGUACCUCAGGGGCAGGUUGCUGAUGGCUUCUUUCUCCAUGUAGGCAGGGCCGAGGAAGAUGAGGGGAGGUGGUAUGUUGGUUCACAGAGUCCCAGCUCCCAUGACUCUGAACCCUGGACCAUCCUGAGGCAGGACUCGGACUCCGAUGUGGUGGAUGUAGAGGAUGCAGAGCAGGAUUUUAUUGGUGAGGACCAUCCUGUAGUCAUCCCCAGAUACGCUGGUGAGGAAGAAUCAGCCAAGCUACAAGAGGAUAUGAAAGUGAAGGAGCACGAAGACAAGGAUGACGCUAGUGGCCGCUCGAGCCCUUGUCUGAGCACGACUUCUCAGCUCAGCAGCAUGUCCAUGGCCAGUGGAAGUGUGAAGAUGACCAGUUUUGCUGAAAGAAAGCUGCAGCGGCUCAACAGCUGCGAGACUAAGUCCAGCACCAGCAGCUCCCAGAAGACCACCCCAGAUGCCUCGGAAAGCUGCCCAGCCCCUCUGACAACAUGGCGCCAGAAGAGGGAGCAGAGCCCCAGCAGGCACAGCAAGGACCCCGCCAGCCUGCUGGCUUCUGAGCUGGUGCAGCUUCACAUGCAGCUGGAGGAGAAGCGCAGAGCUAUUGAAGCUCAGAAGAAAAAGAUGGAGGCGCUGUCUGCACGGCAGCGUCUGAAGCUGGGGAAGGCGGCUUUUCUGCACGUGGUGAAGAAAGGGAAGGCUGAUGGUGCCCCACAGCCACUGAGACCCGAACACUUCACGAAGGAAUUCACACAACACAAUGGGGAGGACUUGGAUGACGGCACUUGUAAAACUGAAGGGUUCCUUGUCAAAGAAGAGCAGAGAGAUCUCAGUGACUCUCAGGAUGUGGCAUUUGUCCAGCUCCAUAAACCCAGGGACCCAGCUACUCUGCAUGACGGAGAGAAGCACAGAGUGAUUUCUGCUGCUCUCCUAGAGGACAGUGUUGGUGAGGUAGACGUGAAUGAAUGUGACCUGUCCAUUGAGAAGCUCAACGAGACCAUCAGUACACUGCAGCAGGCCAUAUUGAAGAUCUCCCAGCAGCAAGAGCAGCUUCUCAUGAAGUCCCCUACAGUGCCAACAUCAGGCACUAAAAACAACUGCCAGGACCAAAAAGUAAAGGCCCCAGUCCACUUUGUUGAGCCGCUCUCUCCAACUGGGGUGCCUGGCCACCGCAAACCCCCACGGCUCGGCCAGGGCCGCAAUUCCCGCUCAGGAAGGCCAGCUGAACUGAAGGUUCCAAAAGACAGGCAGCAGGGUUGUUCUCGGAGCAAAACACCAACACCCAGUGUGGAGACACUCCCACAUUCAAGGUCUUUACCCCCAAGCACCCAUCCACGGUCGCCCUCGGACCCAGGUGGGGAACUCCCUGAGAAGUGUCUCUUAGACAGUUACAGGCUCCAUGAUGAGAGUAACCAUCGGACAUUUGGUCUGUCCUCUUGUAAAGAUGCCAACAUCGUAUCAGAACAGAUGAGCUUUAAAGAGGGUCUGGAUACAAGUGUCCAAGAGGCAGAGCUGAGCUCCUCUGCCAUCACAGGGAAAGAACAUACUCCCAUGGAGGAGCCGCUGAGGAGCAAGGCCAGCCUCAUUGAGGUGGACCUCUCUGACCUGAAGGCCCCUGACGAGGAUGGAGAGGUGGUUGGACAUGAGAGCUCACUGGAGCUUGGUGGAGAGAGUGACCAGAAGCCUGGGGUUGGCUUCUUCUUCAAGGAUGAACAGAAAGCAGAGGAUGAGCUUGCUAAGAAGCGGGCAGCCUUCCUUCUGAAGCAGCAGCGCAAGGCUGAAGAGGCUCGUGCACGAAAGCAGCAGCUGGAGGCGGAAGUGGAGCUCAAGCGAGAUGAAGCCCGGCGUAAGGCCGAAGAGGACCGACUACGGAAGGAGGAGGAGAAGGCGAGGCGAGAGCUCAUUAAACAGGAGUACUUGCGGAGGAAGCAGCAGCAAGCCUUGGAGGAGCAAGGGCUUGGCAAACCUAAAUCAAAGCCUAAAAAGCCUCGGCCAAAGUCAGUUCACCGGGAGGAGUCUUGCAGCGACUCUGGCACCAAGUGCUCUUCUACCCCAGAUAACUUGAGCCAGACUCACUCUGGCUCUAGCCUGUCCUUGGCAUCUGCAGCAACGACAGAACCUGAGAGUGUUCACUCGGGGGGCACACCUUCUCACCGAGUUGAAUCACUGGAAGCCUUACCUAUCCUGAGUCGCAACCCCAGUCGGAGCACAGACCGAGACUGGGAGACUGCGUCGGCAGCUUCCUCUUUGGCCUCUGUGGCCGAGUACACAGGUCCUAAACUGUUUAAGGAGCCCAGUAGCAAAUCAAACAAACCAAUUAUUCACAACGCCAUCUCCCACUGCUGUCUGGCUGGAAAAGUGAAUGAACCUCACAAGAAUUCAAUAUUGGAGGAGCUGGAGAAGUGUGACGCCAACCACUAUAUCAUCCUGUUCCGAGACGCCGGCUGCCAGUUCAGGGCUCUUUACUGCUACCAGCCCGACACUGAAGAGAUCUACAAACUCACUGGCACAGGGCCCAAGAGCAUCACCAAGAAGAUGAUUGACAAACUGUAUAAAUACAGCUCAGACCGGAAGCAGUUUAACCUGAUCCCAGCCAAGACCAUGUCUGUCAGUGUGGAUGCACUCACGAUCCAUAACCACUUGUGGCAGCCCAAGCGGCCCACAGUUCCAAAGAAGACCCAGACUCGUAAGUGACCACGGCAGGCAGGACCCUGAGCGGAUGUGCUGACGGGAUCCCUAUUUAUUAUUUUCAUGCAUUUGGUACGAAGCGUGGCGGGCCUCGGACAGUUCCUUACAGAGGUUCUUAGAGAACAGGAGAUCCUCUCCCCCUGCACACACGGACGGAUGCGUCUACAGGACUGAUCCUGUGCUCUCAUGGGCAUGGCUGCUGUGACCCUGCUGACCACUGAGGUCCUCACAAUAAGGGACACCAUGGAGUGAGUGAGAUCCUGGGCUGUGGGCCCCUCACUUGAAGUCCGUCAGGAUAAGUUAAAUGUGAUCUGCGCUCUGGCCUCCCUUCACCCCGUGCACAUUGCCCGACGCCCCCUGCUGGCAGCUGUAAUCAUGCGCGGUUAUAGGGCGGAGGCUCGUUCGGGUCAGGGUGUGUGAAUGUCUUCAUAAAAGGAGUUCGUAUGGGAAAUGUUUUUCACUUUAGAAAUUGUAUGAUAUUUAUUGACUGUGUCUACUGCCAACCUUUAUAUCCAGUUCUAAGAUUUCUGAAAAAAACAAAACAAAACAAAAAAAACCUGUUCCUUGCUGCUCAGAAAAAGUUUACUGAAAAUGUCAGUUCACUAAAAGCACUGAAAUCAGCAAAGUUUGUCUUCUGCUAAAAUGACGUUUACAUAUUUGGAGUGAGUAUUUCUGCCACACAGUCGGGAGGGUUGUGGGGUGCUGCUAGCUGAUGCUGACUUCACUGGGAGCAGACAGCUAAGCCGACGUUAGCCACCACGGUUAGGUCUGGGGUAUGUGCUGGUGUAUUCACUUUCAUAAAGGCAGACUUCGGUAUAGUAGCGACUUUCCACCCUUGGCUGCCAGUUCCUUCGUGGUGUUAUGGUGGCCUGGCUGGCUACCAUAGUUGUUGCUUCUGGAGGAACGCAUGCUCGGUGCGGUGUGCAGUCUCAGGUGAGGUUGGUGAUUCUGCUUUUUGCCUCUUUUAAAACUUGGUGGUUAUUUGCAAUUAUUUCAGAAUGGCGUAGCUGCUUCAGGUCUCUUCCCCCUGGUCCCUGUGGUGGCUGACUGCCUCAGAACAGUUCCUGGGAAGCAGAGGCGCCCCAGCGAUGGGUCAGCGGAGUGAAGGAAGACCCUGGAGCCACUCGUAGUUUUGCACAUUUCUUUUUGAGAGUGUUACUUGAAUCUGUCCCAACCACAGGAGAGCAUUGAAGAUAACAGAGGGGACUCAGAUGUCCACGGCUUAGCCCACCCCGGCAGUGUCAGGUAGAUAGCAAGGGAGCAUGGGGCAGAAAUGCUGGAGGGGUGAGCUGAGGUCUUGUCUUCUCCUUUGUGACUGUGUAUCCAGUCGGGUGGCGCUGUGCUGUGUGAGCAUUAAAGUCUGUGACUACCUGUCACCAGCUGCCCCGUGUCUUCAUUUCUCACUGUGCACUUGAUGUUACCAUAUUUAUUUUAAGAGAGCACUAAAAUGUAAUAAAGUAAUGAGCUGGCUUUCUGUUAA